UGCCCUUCAAAUAGACAAUGGUCAUCCCUGUGUACCUCUCGUCUCUCUCUGUCUGACUUCCUCUUCAGCUCACCAGCAGAAGUUCCAUAGCCUUCUUCCCUCAUCCAGCGUCCACACUUGAACAGUUGAGUUCUUCUCUCCUCAACCCCAUUGUUUUAUUUCCUUCCGUUCUAGAAUCGUACCUGCGCUUCACAGCAAGAAACAGCGCGCGCCUGACGUUUCGCCGUCGUCAAGAUUAGAGAGAGAGAGAGAGGAAGCAGAAAUUGUGGAGGCUUCGAUUUGGGCGGUGCUUGUGGUUUGAAGAAUCCCGGAAAGGUCGUGAGAAAGGAAGAACAAAGGUAAGCACGCCGCCGUGCAACCAUGGGCUGCGGGGUGUCGAGCCAGAAGGACGCCGGAGGGCCCCGGAGACGGCCGGGGAGCGUCGGCGACGUGGUCGUGUUCCUCCCGGGACUCCGGAUGCCAAGGAGCGUAGACUUCGCCCAAGCGCUCGGCGAGCGCUUGGAUAGGAGCGUCGUGGAGAGGCUGUCGGCUCUGAGAGCGCGAGUCGUCGAGAUGGCAAUGCAAGAAUCGGUGACGGCCCUGAAGCCGAGGCGAAAGACGGCGGCACGGAACGGGUCUAGUACAGCCAAUCUCCUACAGGCCCUUGAAGAUUACUUGCCGGUUCUGCUAGGACUAGUAAAGGAAGGUAGUAUGUUGAGGCACAAAGUGCAGUUCACUUGGACUAACCAGGAGGAUAAUGCUGAGGAGAUGGCCAUGGCAGAUGCCUGGUACGAGGUGCUGUCCGUGCUGCAUUUGAUGGCCAUGAUCUGCUUGCUGCAGGCCAACACCCUGCUUCUCCCCAGGUCAUAUGGGGAUGGUUACGCGUCAAGGGUUUCAGAAGAGAGUAGACGGGCCACUGUCGAUGUUUUCUUGAAGGCAGCUGGCUACUUAGACUAUACAAUCCGACAUGUACUUCCGCAGAUUCCACCGGAACUAAGGAGACAACUUCCAGUAGACCUGGCUGAAGGAAAUCUUAAAGCUCUUAGCCUGCAAGCUCUGGGUCAGGGGGUCGACAUGCAGCUUGGGCUGGCAAUCGAUAGUCCAAAGGCCACUCUAGCAGUAAAACGGCGCUUAGCUUGUGAGAUGGUCAAGUAUUGGCACCAGGUUCAAGAGAGUAUCCCAGAGCUUCCUGUCUCUGAUGGAUGGGGGAGAAAACAUCUGCUGUUUGUCAAGUGGAAAUAUGUUGAAGCAAAGGCUGCAGCAUACUAUUUUCAUGGUUUGAUUCUUGACGAAGGAAAUACCGAGAAAUCCCAUGGAAUGGCAAUAGCUGCGCUCCAAGCUUCAGAGGAAUUUCUGAAAGAAAGCAAAAGGGUUUUGGAAGCCUUCCAUGCGACUCCUCCGACAUCGAGGAGCCCUCCUCUAUUCGGAACAGCUAAAUAUCUGUUUGACAAGAUCCCAAAAGAUGCUUCAAGCAAGGUCCGAAUCAACCAGGACCUGUAUACUCAAGAAAAGGUUAUCGGAGCACCACCUCCAUUGCCGGAUUUCGCAUUGGCUCUAACACCUGAAGACUAUGAUCUUCCUCCAUUAGAUCCAGUUUGGAACAAAGAAGGCAGCCGUUGCUAAGUGUAUAUUCAGCAGAGUGCUUUAGGCUUGGCUCUGGUGAGAAAGGAAGAACAAAGAUUCUGCCAUGUCAAAGCUGAACAUGGUAACAAAUUUUUUUAGAUAAAGGAAUGUCUUUAUUCUGGCCUCUGCAAAA